UAUAUUUGUCAGUGUGAAUUGACAUGCAGGGAUAUCAGUUUGUAACAAACAGAGUUUGGGAAAGGGAGAACAUCACAAAGUCUGCGGUGCAGUCGGGCUUGUGUGGAGAGUACAGUAAGGAGUCACAGAGCCUUGUCCUUACUCAUGUGUUCGUUUUGGACAAAACUUUCCACCAAUCCAAAGGCAGAAGUUUACUGGGAUAGUAAACAUGGCAGCCGAGCGAUGUGUCUGAAGUUAACCAUAUUCAACCACAAUUCAACACUUUAUCUCAUUUUGCGUAAGAUUUCCAGUUAAUCUACUAAAUUAUCAAAAACAUUAUCAGUCUUAAUACUGCUUCUGGAGAGGUGGACAGGCUAUGAAAAUGCUCGGUAUGUACGUGCCAGACCGAUUUGCCUUGAAAUCGUCUAACGUUCAAGAGGGGAUGGGGUUGUACACCGCCAGACGAAUCAAAAAGGGUGAGAAGUUUGGCCCAUUUGCAGGAGAAAAGCGAAUGCCUCAAGAGCUAGAUUCUAGCAUGGAUUCACGACUGAUGUGGGAGGUCCGUGGAAGUAAAGGAGAUGUACUUUAUAUUCUGGAUGCUAGUAAUCCUCGUCAUUCCAAUUGGCUACGCUUCAUCCAUCAGGCGCCUUCUCAACAGCAGAAGAACCUGGCUGCGAUUCAGGAAGGUGAAAACAUUUUCUAUUUGGCUGUUGAUGAUAUCGACACAGAUACAGAGCUACUGAUAGGCUACCUUGACAGUGAUAUGGAAGAAGCAGAGGAGGAGGAGGAUGAAGUAGUCAUCAAAGAAGAGGAAGAUACUGUGAAGGAAGUGCCACAACUGACAGAAAAAGAUGAUGGCCGCUGUAAAGAGGACCACGCAUGUCCACAUUGUGAAAGUAGCUUUCCCAGUCAGGAGAUACUGGCAGAGCACCACCAGACAUUACAUCAGAAGCCGAGUGAGGACAAAGAGUUCAGAUGUCACAACUGUGGCAAGAGAUUUCCUGUCAAACAGGCUUUGCAAAGGCAUGUUCUUCAUUGUGCAGAGAAUAUCAGUCCAGGAGAAUCUUCCAGAAGUUAUCAGUGCUCUAUGUGCAACAGCACCUUCAGCUCAGAGUCAAGUUUUGAACAACACAGAGAGGCAUGCAAAGGGGAUGCCAGAUUCAUCUGCAAGGUCGAUGGCUGUGGAAAGCGGUUUCGUAGUAAAGAGGCAGUGAAGAAGCACAAGGCCAGUAUUCACAAUGAACAAACAUCAGGAGAUGCUGUUACUCAGUUACAAGAUGUUCUCAACGCACAUGCUGUAACUCAGAAUAUCUUUGCUGGAGAAGAAAGACUGCCUGUUUCUCAUGCAGAUGGAGGUGCAUACAAAAUGGAGGGCAGACUUGGAGGAAACGCAAAGAAGAAGCUGGUCUGCUCAGUAUGUUGUAAGAAGUGUUCCUCAUCGGCAAAUCUAAUAGAGCAUCGGAAGGUUCACGAAAACUUUGACUGUCCAGAAUGCGAUAAGAAAUUUAUCUCAGCUAACCAGCUCAAGCGUCACAUGAUCACACAUUCCGAAAGGCGCCCUUAUACCUGUGAGGUUUGCAGUAAAUCCUUCAAACGACUUGAUCAAGUGACUGCACACAAAAUAAUUCACAGUGAAGACAAACCUUACAAAUGUAAGCUUUGUGGAAAAGGGUUUGCACACAGAAAUGUUUACAAGAAUCACAAGAAGACCCACUCAGAAGACAGGCCGUUCCAGUGUGAGGAAUGCAAGGCUUUGUUUCGCACCCCUUUCUCCCUGCAGCGACACCUGCUAAUACACAACAGUGAGCGAACAUUCAAAUGUGAUCACUGUGAUGCCACUUUCAAAAGGAAGGAUACCUUAAAUGUUCACAUCCAGGUGGUACAUGAUGGACAUAAGAAGUACAAAUGUGAUCUCUGUGAUAAAGCCUUUGUGACUCCAUCUGUGCUUAAGAGUCAUAAAAAGACGCAUACAGGAGAAAAAGAAAAGAUCUGUCCAUACUGUGGUCAAAAAUUUGCCAGCAACGGAACACUCAGGGUUCACAUUAGAAGUCAUACAGGUGAGCGCCCCUACCAGUGCCCCUACUGUGACAAGGCUUUCAGUAAGAAUGACGGAUUAAAGAUGCACAUAAGGACACACACAAGGGAAAAACCAUACCAGUGCACUGAAUGCAACAAGGCAUUUAGCCAAAAACGUGGCUUAGAUGAGCACAUGAGGACACAUACAGGAGAGAAGCCUUUCCAGUGUGAUGUCUGUGAUUUGUCCUUCAGUCUGAAGAAGAUGCUGAUUCGGCAUAAGCUGACUCAUAACCCGAACCGCCCUAUGGCAGAAUGCCAGCUUUGUCACAAGAAAUUUACAAGAAAUGAUUACCUGAAAGUGCACAUGGAAAACGUACAUGGGGAGACCGAGAGCUGAAAAUUGUAACUAGGGCGACACUGCUCCUGCACCUUCAGUUUUGUCAAAUAUUAAUCCCAGCUUUGUACGUUUUUCAUGAGCUAGAAAAUAUCUGUGAAAAAAAAUCUGUGUUAUUUAGAAUUCUGUACUUGUCUUCAUUAUGAUUGUGCUGUAGCAGUGCUAAGUAGAAGGAACUCAGGAUACAUUCUGAAGUCUUUAUUUGAGUCCAUAAUUUAUGUCUGUAUCUGCUGUAUGUCAUCGACUAAUACACUAUAGAAUGCAUAUGCAAGAUAGCUCAUUUUAUAGUAUUCUUGCUUUUGUUUCUGUAUAGUUUGUUGCUUCACAGGUCUAAUUAACUAUUAAUGUAAUAAAUACUAAAAACAUUUUA